AAUAAUGUGAUCUUUCAACCUGAAAUAAAUGUGUAAAAUUCAUCAUGUUUAACAUUCUUAAAGAAAAUAUAUCUUCUAGAUCUUUCUUCAUAUUACAAGCUCGAUUUAAAACAAAGACUCAUUGGGCAAAACUAAGAAAGAAAACUGGCCCUAAAUACAAGGCAUUAAACCACUUUGAUGAUUUCUAUGGUUCGGUUUUUGGUGAACAAUGGCCCCCAAUGAAAGAAGCCUUACUUCGUAAGUCUAAAUAUGUCGCUGUUAUAAAUAAUUAUGGAGACGAAGAAGAAACUAUGAAAUAUCUUUCUAAUAGAGGAGCACAUUGUCUCAGAGAUUUAAUGAAAAUACAACAAACAUUUUCCAAUGAAUAUACACCAGAAACAGAGUCUGAUGUACAAUCUAAAUCACACACAAGCAUUAUAGAUAAUUAUAUUUCAAGACUUCAGAAUGAUGAAGUUUCUGGAGUUUAUCCACAGAGUAAUAAUGUGCCCGAAAAAAUAGAUUUAAGCAAUAAUAUUGACAAAAUUAUAGAGAAUAAAAAAGAUAAGGAAAUGGUAGCUAACAGAACUUUAGAUGAAGCACUAGAUAAUGCGGAAAUAGAUCAGUCUAGAAUAAUAGAGCCAUCUAUGGGGAUCAAUUCUGAAGUUCUGUACCAAUAUAUACCGGCAACUAAACUUAAGGGUUUAGAUGAUUGGGUGCCUGAGUCUCUUCAUUAUUCUUAUUAUAAUAGCAAAGACAAAGACUUCCCUCUUAUAAUAGAGCCAGAAACGGAAUUUAGUUUUCCGGAACAUUUGAAAGUGUACACAUAUGAAAUGAACAGUGACUGGAGUAUGUUUCCAGAACCAAAGAGAUCUCAAACAGGAGUGUUCAACUAUUAUCCAAUGGACUGCAGCAGUGUUGUCGCAGUGUUAGCACUCUGCUUGUCCCCUGGAGAUAGAUUGCUAGACCUGUGCUCAGCGCCGGGGGGCAAAGCCCUAGUCGCGUUGCAGACAUUGUUACCCGAUGUUGUUGUUUGUAAUGAUGUAUCUAUAUCCAGGUCAAAUAGGACGGAAGCGGUAUUCCGUGACUACUUGAUUGAUUUUGGUAACAACAAAUGGCGGGAAAGAGUGGUGCUUUCACGUGUCGAUGGUCGCAAUUUCACUGACGAUCAAGGAUUCGACAAGGUAUUGGUAGAUGUGCCAUGCACCACAGAUAGACAUUCAGUGAACGAGGAUGAGAACAACAUAUUCAGACCGGACAGAGUGAAGGAGAGGCUGCGGAUACCGGAACUGCAGACACAACUAUUAGUGAACGCUCUGAAGUUGGUGCGUGUGGGCGGGGCGGUGGUGUACUCGACGUGCUCGCUGAGCCCGGUGCAGAACGACGGCGUGCUGCACGCCGCGCUCAAACACGCCUUCGAAACGUACCAGAUCGUAGCUGUUGUCAAAGAUCUUUCAUCACCACUGCGCAGUUUGAGCAGCACAUUACAGCUUGCGAGCGGCGCAGCUAAGCCGCGCUACGGCCAGCUGGUGCUGCCUUCCACUGCCGCUAACUUUGGUCCUGCGUAUAUCGCUAGACUUGUCAGGGUUAAGUAACGAUAAGUAAUUAAGUAAUAAAAAUGUUGAUAGUA